CUUCGAGCUUUCUGCGCAUCUCCAGCCUCGCAAUUAAAAAAAGGAGAAGAAACUUUGUUUCGCACAUUGGUGACCCGUCUUCCACGAACAGGCCAAUAUUCCUGUUAAACAGUAACGUAAUAUCCAAAACGUUAGAAUUAUGUUUGCUUUGGCAAAAGUUUUCGUUGAACAAAAUAAGUUAAUUGCCUUUAACGAACCUUACAAAAACGAACUGGAGAUAAUCAAAGUUUUGCACACAAUGCCUGCAGCGAAACGUCAACGCUUUAAGGAGCUGACCGAAUCCGUGCUGCAGGAUCUGGACGAGUCCAGCAAUGUGGCAACUCGCGCCAACCAUUCGCGCUCGCUGCGGGAGCAGGGCAACCAGGUCUACAAAACUAAAUCCAAGAAAAGUGGCAACGACUUGGCGGAGUGUCUGCUCAGCGCCAGUCGCCUCUAUACGCAGGCUAUUCUCGAGGCGGAGAAUGCCUACGAGGAACUGUGCUUGGGCUUCGCCAAUCGCGCCAUGGCACUGCAGGACUUUGGCUACUACGAGCAGGCCUAUGAUGAUUGCGAGUGUGCCCUGGAGUUUGGGUAUCCCAAGAAUAUGCAGCAUAAGCUGAUCAUGCGGCAGGCCUAUUGUGCCUGGAAGCUGGGCGAUGCCCAGAAGCUGGGCGAGCACAUAGCCUGCCUGGAGCAGCUGGAGCUAAAUGCCAGCUUUACCCAGCAAUUGGAGCAGCUACAGCAGGAGCUGCAACUGCUGCAAAGCAAUCCGCCAGCGGAGGAAGUGGAGCAAGCGAAGCUGGACGAAGUGAAGCGAAACAAUACUGAAAUCUCAACGGACGCAGGCGGCAGGGAACGCUACAUGAUUGCCUCGCAGCGUAUUAAGCAGGGCGAGAUUGUAUUCACGGAACAGGCCGAAUGCUUUGUGCCGACCCAGGGCCGUCUGAUUUGCCAGCAGUGCGCGGCGAGUCUGCUGUGCGCGCCGAUACCCUGUACGCGGUGCCAUCAGCGCGUGGUCUACUGUUCGCGCCGCUGUCGCCAGCUGCACGCGGCCAUCCACGGCUACGAGUGUGAGGCGUAUCGCAGGGAUUUGCUGCUCUCGCUUGGACCUUUCCAUUUGGCUCUGCGCGUGGUGCUCACCUAUGUGCCGCAUUGGCUGCCGCAGCUGCGCAACGGCGGCUCGACGGCGACAGAACUGUGGCAAACUCUGAUAGCCAUCGCCUCCGCCGAGCACCAUUGGCCAACUGCACCGCAGCAUACGCAGACCCUGUGCAUGAUGCAUCAUCAGGACAAGGCGGACGCCUCGAAGCUGAUGUAUUGCGUGUUCUCCGCCAACCUAUUGCAGGUUUAUCUGUAUAAGUGCACCAAUUUCUAUGAGCAGCUGCUCGCCAGCACAGCUGCCUCGGCCGAGGAUUGGCAUUUGCUGCUGGCCGCGCUGUUAGCGCGCACCAACAAUCAAUUGCUGAACAAUGCCCAUGUGGGCGAUGCCAUUCUGCCCCGCGACCUGGGCUUCAAUGAAUUUGUGCUGCUCCGGCCGCAGCUGUGGCGCGCACCAUUCCGUCUGCGCUUGGGCUGCCUGCACAAGUUCGACAGCCCAACACUUGUCAAGUCUCUCAAUUUGCCGUACUAUGGCCUGUGCAAUCAUGCCUGUGAUCCCAGCCUGCGCAGCUGGUACGAUGGCCGUUCGGUGAGCAGCUAUGCGGCGCGGAACAUUGAGCCCGGCGAGGAGAUCUUCAAUUGCUACACAGCGAACUACAAGACGGCCAGCUAUGCCAAGCGCAAGGAGCAGCUGGAGCAGACCUUCAACUUUCAGUGUAGCUGCAGCAAGUGUGUCCGUGCCGAGCCUGAUCAGGAUUACUUUGCUUCUCAUCGCUAUCGCUGCGAGCACUGCGAGCAGAUCUUUGUGCCUGCCCAGCUGGCGGAGCUCAGCUGGUGGCAGGAGUCCGAACCGCCGCAAAUUUGCUGCACAGUAUGCCAGGCGCCCCAAGAUUUCAGCUGGCAUGAGGAAUUUCUAGUGUUAUGCGCAUGCUGUGAUAAACCGAAUGCGCGUCACGAGGCGUACAAAGUGCUCGACAAUCUCAGAAAUUGGCUGCUAGACUAUCAUAGUCUCAGGCUAUGCUUGGCCAAAAAGCUAGUCCUGGCCUGCCUAACAGCCAAAGCAGCCGGACAUCCGUUCGAGGACACCGAAUUUAGCCAUUUGGGGCGCAUUAUUGAAUACUUGCUGGCGGGAGCUGAGGCGCAGAUUGGCAGCAACGCGGUUGAGUACAUACCCAUAAUGGGCUGCCUAUUCGAUCUGAUUGCCUGGGGCAAAUACAAGUGCAGCAGGAAGAGGCUGGCCAAGAUGCGGGCCAAGCUCGAUUAUCUGGCCGGCGAAACGCAACAGAUAUUUGUCAACUAUUACAACGAUUUUAUUGAGCCGCAUUGCAAAUGACAAUAAUAAAUU